CAUCUCAAUCCAGUGCAAUCCAAUGCUAUCCGGUUCGUUGUGUGUGGUGUUUUAUUACCGGCGUCGUUGACAUGCUCUCGGUGACGGAUUGCUCUUUCGAGCGAGUGACCACCGAUCAGGCGUAUCAAUCACCCAAUUAAGGGCGAACCUAGGUCGGUCCACAGAUUAACCGAGGGCCCGGUGGAAGAUGGCGGGCAACUUCUGGCAGAGCUCGCAGUACCAACAGUGGCUGCUGGACCGGCAAGACCUUCUGCGUGAGCGGCACGGAGACCUCCAGACCCUGACCGAAGAAGAGUACCAGAAGCUCAUGAUCUUCUUCGCGAACCUCAUGCAAGCACUGGGGGAGCAGCUGAAGGUCAAGCAGCAGGUCAUCGCCACGGCCACGGUGUACUUCAAGCGCUUCUACGUGCGCAACUCGCUCCGCUGCGUGGACCCGUUGCUCAUGGCGCCUACCUGCAUCUUUCUGGCGUCCAAAGUGGAAGAGUUCGGCGUGAUCUCCAACAGUCGGCUGGUGUCCACCUGCCAGACGGUGGUGAAGAACAAGUUCGCCCACGUGUACCCGCAGGAGUUCCCGUACCGCAUCAACCACGUGCUCGAGUGCGAGUUCUACCUGCUCGAGAUGAUGGACUGCUGCCUGGUGCUGUACCACCCGUACCGGCCGCUGGUCCAGUACGUGCACGACAUCGGGCACGAAGACCAGCUGCUAUCCAUGGCCUGGAAGGUGGUGAACGACAGCCUGCGCACAGAUGUGUGCCUGCUGCACCCCCCACACCAGAUCGCCCUGGCCUGCCUACACGUGGCAUGCGUAAUCCUGCAGCGGGACUGCAAGCAUUGGUUUGCCGACCUGUGCGUGGACAUGGAGAAGAUCCUGGACAUCACACGCCAGGUACUGGGCCUGUACGACACCUGGCGCAACCUGGACGAGAAGAAGGAGCUACCGCCCAUCCUGGCAAAAGUGCCCAAGCCCAAGACACAGCCCUCCAGGCCUCCAUCACAGGGGCCUAACGACCCGCCACCCUCCCAAGGAUAGGUCUACCCAUGCCAUCCCAGGGAUGGGUCCUAUGGUGUCCCAAGGAUAGACUUGACGUUGUCCCAGGGACCGACCCAAUGUUCCAGAUAUGAAGCCUGUGUUGUCCUGGGAACGAACCUGAUGUCCCAGGGGCAGACUCAGUUUUGUUCCAAAAAAAGAUCCAAUGUCCCAGUGUUGUCUCAGGGACAGAUGUGAUGUCCCAGAGACAGACCCACCGCCCUCCCAGGGAUAUGCCCCGUCGUCCUAGGGAUAGACUCGAUGGUGUACCAGGGUUAGACCUGCCAUUGUCCAUCGGAUGGACUCAGUGUCGUCCUCGGGACAGACCUGCUGUUGUCCCACAAAUAGGCCCGAUGUCGUCCCGUAGAUGGACCCAAUGUCAUCCCAGGGAUGAAGUGGCUGUUGUCCCAGAGAGAGACUCGAUGUCAUCAUGUCGUCCCUAAUUCCAAUACGGGUCGCCCAAGUUACGGUGCAUAGAAUGUAUCUCCAAUGGUGCUCUCAGGUCAUCUUGUUUCCGCUGUGAUCCUGGUGGUGGCAGAGGUACGAGCAGCGUACACCUGUUCUGAUGUAGGUUGCCCUCCACCUUGACGGCCCACGGAAGCUUCGGCAACCAGGAAUUGGGUCGUAGUGACGACGCUUGCGUUUGCUCCUCUUUUUUGUUGGAACUCCGACUAACCGCUAGGGGGGGGGGGUUGCGACAUCCGUCAGCGUGAGGGGGCAGCUUCCCGUUACAGAAUUUGUUGCCACUUCGGGAACAAUUUCGAUGUGUGGGCAGUACAGGACGCCGAACACGCCGGUUGAAGAUGCGUUUCAGGCACCGUACCCGGGUCAUGUUUUCAUUGUGCAUUAUUUGCUGAGAAAAGAGGACGGUUUUUAAGGCUUUUUUUGAGUUAAUUCUGCAGAAAAAGGGAGGGACAUUCCAGCCCAUGCUACAAGACCCACAAACCACAUGCCUGUGAACAGUGUUGGUGAUGGACUCGCUCCAGUGAAGGAGCUGCUUCGAGAAUUACCGGACUGUGUUCAGCUUUACGCAGGUUCAGAAAAGUAGUCUACAAUAAAUACUUCUUUUUUUUAUUGUGAUCUACUGUUGAUACACUAGGGAUCACAAGCAUCCAAAUGUUUCUGUCGGUUAAUGUUCAACUCUUAAACGUUUUUCAGUUCCUUUGUAGUUAUUUUCAAGUAUAAUUCAAAAGUUCAAGCUGAUAUAUUUACAAGUUUCUGUCAGAUCUGCCCCAAGGAAAUGCUGGGCAUCUUUUUUUUUUUUUUUGUGGCAGACGAAUGAACAGUGCAUCACAAAACACCGAUAUUUUAGUGGAAGCUAGGACGUUACACUUUUUGAGUUGAAUGUGUUACCUGAAUCAAAAGCUAGAAGAGGUUUUAUGAAUGCCUGAAUGAAAGGUAGCAAACGACUGCCGGCUACAUGACACGGUGGUUCAAGUUUUUCGUCAAUCUGUGAGUAGCGCUGCCAACCAGACGGUCUGCUUCUAUUUUUAUUUCCUUGCAUAUUUUUUUUAACAAACCUACAUUCACAAAAUUUGAGUAGACAAAUGCCACCAUCUAAAGAUACCUUUGUGAAAAGAUUAAUCACACUUUACCAUUUACUUAUUUAUAUGGCUUUAAAGGCUCGUAAAUGCCUGUGCACUGCCGGAUCGUUGCGGUAAACUUGUACAAAUUUUCAAAACUUUCGGGUUCUGCUUAGAACAAUGUAUGUACCGUACGACGCUGUACCACAACGUGGUGUGGUACUUAGAACUUCUGCAAUAUAUCUUGUUUGCAGUCAGUUUGGGCAGGAUAGUAGCUUCGUUAAUUCUGCUUGUUGCCGUGCACUGCGGAGAAGCUACACUCGCAAAAUACUCGUCACAAUUCCGCAUGUGUUGCUCUGCCGCAGCAGGAUGAAAACGCACCUUGGGUAUUUUAAGAAAAUGGAACUUGUGAAUGUGGCUGCCGUGCACUAAAAUUUUUAAAAUAAGGCUGCAUUUCCUAACGAGUGGUGCGUGUCGUUGGUCAUGUUUCUUUUUUCGAAUGCAAGAUUCAAGGAAGGACGCUUUGGUGACUUGGGUAUAGGAGAAGAGUUGAUGAAUAACCUUGAUUAUGUGUAGCUGCACUGCAAUACAUAUUACUUUUAAUUAUGACUUUAAAUAGGGUUUUACGUGUACGGGGGCACAGUUAAUGACGUUUGAAUUGAAAUCAAAUUAACUUUAGGAGUGGAAUAAAACAAAUGAUCUCAAG